AUGUGCCUCGCCCGCAUGCGUUCGCACGCGCGCGCGUCCACCUCUGGUGCAUCGCUGGCGUCGUCGCCGCGCGUGAACCAUCCGCUUUCGUCGCGUUCGGUCCGCCGCAUUGCUUUACGCGUGGCGCGGCGCCCGCGCGCCGUCGUGGAUGACCCUGAAAGCGAUGCGAAGGACGACGCACUCAGAGGAGACGAAGACCUCACGCGUCUAUGGUCCAAUGUCGACGCGCAGAGUGAUUCAGUGACGCGCGUCGCCGGGAACAUCGCGUCCGCGGUCGCUCUCGUCGCCGGGACGACGCUCGGCGCCGGCAUGUUAGCCUUACCGAUAGUCCUUCGCGACGCCGGGUUCGUUCCGAGCACCGUCGUCAUCUUAGCGUGCUGGGCAUUCUUCGCUUGCAGUGGUUUGUGCGUGUUGGAGGUCAACUUGGGGACGAUGUGCGCGCUCGGUAGAGCGGGCGGGGUGACGUUUAACGCGUUGGCGGAGCGAACGUUAGGAAGCAACGGUACCAAGGUGGCGACGGCGUCGUACGCGUUCAUACACUACGCGCUAUUGGUAGCAUACGUGCAAAAAGUCGGUGAACUCGCGACAGAGGCGUUUCCAACGUGGCCUGGUGGAUCGAACGCGGCAUCCGUUGCGUUCACCGCGACGAUGGCUACGUUUUUAUAUUUGGCGUCGCCGGCCAAGAUUGAGAAAGUGAACUCGGUGUUGUUCACAGGCGUUAUCGCGACAUUUGUUCCCUUGCUCGCCGUCGCUGCGCAGAGUGGGUCGGCGGAGAAUCUGCUGGCGGUUUCGGAUUGGUCAAAGACGCCGGCGACAAUUCCCAUCAUCGCGGUGGCGUUUGUGUAUCAUCAGGUUGUUCCGGUCGUCGCGACGUCGCUCGAGGGGGAUAAAUCGCGCGCGCAAACGGCAAUUCUACUUGGGACGUUGAUACCGGCCUUGAUGUUCAUUUUAUGGGACGCCGCGGUGCUCGGCUCUGUACCCGUCGAUUCCUCUGCGACGAUCGAUCCGAUAGCGACGCUCCAAGCAGCCUCACCGCUCACCGCCACCUUGGUGCGUGGGUUCGAGCUCUUCGCGGUGAUGACAAGCUUCUUAGGUUUCGGUUGGGGGCUCGCGGGGUACAUCGCGGACGGAUUGAAAACAACCGAGGACGAUCCGCUUCCUUGGGCAUUGGCGCUCGCGCCGCCGUUGAUUUUCGCGCUCACCAAUCCCGACGUCUUUCUCGCCGCUCUGGACAGUGCCGGCGCGUUCGGCGUCCUGGUCGUCUUCGGAAUGAUGCCACCCGUCAUGGCGUACAGACACCGACGCGCGCGCACCGAGUGCUCGAUCGAAAACGACCCCGCGGAGUGUCUCCCGGUUUUACAACCGGCGCUCCCCGGCGGCGACGUCGCCCUCCUCGUCGUGUUCACCCUCGCCACCGCGUUCGUCGCCGACGAAACGAACGGUUUAAUUCAAAGCUUCAUCCAUCGUUGA